GUCAGCGGCGUCCGCUCAAACACGGAUGAGAUGAACGGGUUGCAUGGGACCUCGGGUCCAGGCCGGGCCAGCAUCGCUUUGGCUGACUUCACGCCCUUCCAGAAUCAGUUGUCGCAACGGCAGAAUUCUGGAGAGUCAGCGAAGAACUAUUUGGGCCUGGGCUCCAUUGCCAUGGGCCCGAUAAGGAAGCCACGACUUUUCACGACCUUUGAGCAGAAGGAAACUGAAAGGAGAGAGGAAGCUGCCAGCGCGGAGUGGCGUCGAGUCACCGGCGUGCAGCAGCAACCGGUGGAGGAGACGCUGUCCUUCUCACAGCGCAUCGUCCGGCACCCGUACUUUGACAUCUUCUUUGCGGCCGUGGUCAUCACAAACUCCCUCUUCAUCGGCUUCGAGGUGUCGAUGACCGAUCCCGCCAAUGACACGCUGCUUACGCGGCCGCUGUGGAUCCAAACGAUUCAAUAUAUUUACACUGCUCUGUUCACAGGCGAGCUGAUCCUUCGAAUUUGGGCUGGUGGAAGACACUUCUUCUGCUCGAAAGAGUGGCCCUGGGCGGUUCUGGAUGCGUUCAUUGUGGCGAGCUCCCUGUGGGAGGUGCUGAUCGAUAUCCUUUAUGCUGCUUACGAAGCUGCUGGUGACCUGGAAAGCCUGGACGGCUUGACGGGGUUCAAGGCCUUCCGGAUCAUCCGAAUCACGCGAAUCCUCAAGACGGCUCGACUGAUGAGGAUCUUCCGAUUUGUUCUGGCACUGCGGACCUUGAUCACAUCAAUCACUCACACGCUCAAGUCUCUCAUUUGGGCGCUGAUCCUACUGGCGUUGAUCAUGUACAUCUUCGCGCUCAUGUUCGUGCAAGCUGUGCAGGGCUACCUUGCAGAUCCCGAGAGCGCACCUAUGUCGGAUGCCGACGAAUAUCGUGCCAAGUCAUACUUCGGCUCGCUCAUCGAGACCAUGCUCAGUUUGUUCAUGUCCAUCUCUGAUGGCGUGAGUUGGGAGAAUGUGAUCUCACCCCUUCUCCACAUCUCGCCGGUCUGGGGGAUCCUCUACACCUUCUAUGUCUCGUUCAUCUACUUCGCAGUCCUGAAUGUCUUGACCGCGGUUUUCUGCCAGACGGCCAUCGAAAGUGCGCAGAACGAUCAUGCCACAGCGAUCCAUUCCAUCAUGGCCCACAAGGAGUCGCACCUGGAAAAGAUUCGCAUCCUCUUCUCCGAGCUCGGAGACGAGAGAAAUGACGUUAUCACCUACGCCAU